UUUCGUUCGUUGUUCUCUGCUAAACCCAGCAUUUGGGGGUUUUUACAUCUUCAUUUCAAAGGGAUUAUCCCUUACCCCCCAUCAAUGGAGGUUCUUCUAAACUCUGCUCUCCCAAAUGGCUUCUUCAAUUUCUCCUCUUUAUCCUCCAAUUCCAACAAGAGACUCAUUAACAAGAGAACCCAUCAUCGAUUCAACUUACCCAUCUCCAAAUUCCACUACCAUCGCGCAUCAAUCCACCGAGUCUCAGCUCGUUUCCGAGAGCCCUCGAGACGACGCAACUCGCUGAGGAAGAAGAUCAUCGGCGAUGAGAAUUUCCGUAUUCCUUCUGACACAGGUACGAAAACUCGAAACGAAACCCAAAAUCUCGAACCUAGUGAUGAUGUUCUCGUCGAGUUAAGUAGGAAAGAUAAGAUUUUGCCGGAUUCGAAUUUGUUGAAUGAGCUUGAAGAUUGGGUUACUCGGUACAAGAAGGAAGCAGAGUUUUGGGGGAUUGGUUCCAAUCCCAUUUUCAGAGUCUAUCAGGAUUCGAAUGGGAACGUGGAGAGAGUAGAUGUUGAUGAGGACGAAGUCUUGAGUAGAAGAUCGUCUCUUGAGGAUGUUGAUUCAGUGAGGGAUAAGGUUCUGUAUGCUAAGGAAUUAGCUGAACUAAUGGAGAAUGGGGAGGAUGUUAUACGUAAGGAUAGUUCUUUGGUCAAGUUUGUUUCUUCUUCUUCUGAAAAGGAAGAGGUUCAGUUCGUUAGCUCGGUCCAAAGCGCUAUUCUUCGUCUUGACUUAGUUCCUAAGUUGCCGGCGAUUGGGAGAGCUGUUUUGUGUGGUUAUAUUGGACUCUGGUUGCUGAAGACGGUGUUUGUGUAUAGGAAGAGUAAUGAGGUUGAUGAGUGCAGUGAGUUGGAGAAGGAGAUGAUGAGGAGAAAGAUGAAAGCUUGGAAGGAGAAGGAAGUUAUUGAGAAAGGUACCGUGGAAGUUUUGCAGGAGAAGCCAUUGGUGUCGUUUGAGAAGCCUAAGUUUGAUCGUGAGGAGCUUAUGAGUAGUAUAUCUAAAGUAAAAGGUUCAGAGAAGAAAUUGAAUGUCUUGGAUUCUCCUCAGGUUGAGAGUGGUGAAUCUAUGGAGUUUGAGAAUAAGAUCCAUGAAAUCAAAGCAAUGGCUAGACGAGCAAGGGAGAUAGAAGCUGGCAUUGAACUUAAUGAAAAGGAGAAGCACGAUGUGAACAAAGAAACGGGGGAGGAUGAUGAAGGUAUAAGCAUGCGUGAAGUUGAUGAUGAUGAUGAUGAUGAUAAAGAUGAAAGCUUGGGGACUUGGACUGAAAGUGAUCAAGAAAACACUGAACUUUCAGGUUUGGCUAUUCCAGUGGUGAAUGGGGCCAUUGUAGAUUCUGGUUUUCCAAAUCAUGAAAUGGCAACAUCUGACGCAGAAAAGGUGAGUAAUGAGGUACCACUAGCUCCUACAGAGGGAAUCAUCCAUCAAUCUUCUGAUGUUUCUAAGGAUAAGUUGAGUAUGAUGAAUAAUAGCACUGGUCGUAAGUCACGGGUCAUACGGUCUGUGAAAGAGGCUAAAGAGUUCCUUUCAACAAGAAGUAGCGAGGAGGAGUUUACUCAGAAGAUGGCUCAAGACAGUGAUGAAAUCUCCUCAAAGCAGAGUGAUGAAAAGCGUAAACUAGCUAGAAGACGCAAAUUGGCUGACAAAAAUGCAGGCAAUGGAACCUUGAAAUCAACGGUUGAGUCUACGUCUUCAGAACCGUUAGGCAAAGAUGAUUACAAGAAAGUUUCAGAACCUGAUGAUACAGUAGAUGCACCGGGCAAGCAAGGAAGUUUUGCAAACAAAAUAGGAGAGCGUGAAACAAGCUCUUCGGGUGGUACUGAACAUAUAGAGAAGGAACAACCCUCACUGAAGGAGAACUGGAUGGAGAAAAACUACCAUGAACUCGAACCUAUUGCUGAGAAAAUGAGAGCUGGUUUCAGAGAUAACUACAUGGCUGCAAGAGAGAAAGAAACUCAGGAGCCAGGUACGAUUGCUGAAAUUGCAGAAAUUUACCGCAAUGAGGAUAACGAUGAGCUUGAGUGGAUGAAGGACGAAAAGCUAAGAGACAUUGUCUUCCAUGUUCGAGAUAAUGAGCUGGCUGGUAGAGAUCCAUUUCACCUAAUUGAUGCCGAAGACAAAGCUAUGUUUUUGCAAGGCUUGGAGAAGAAAGUUGAAAAAGAAAACGAGAAACUGUCUCAUCUGCAUCAGUGGAUUCAUUCAAACGUUGAGAAUCUUGACUACGGAGUAGAUGGAAUCAGUGUGUAUGAUCCACCAGAGAAAGUCAUACCGAGAUGGAAAGGGCCUCCUCCUACGCUUGAGAAGAGCCCUGAGUUUCUCAAUAACUACAAUGAACAGCGAGAGGCAUUGUUUUCUGGAAAGGCUGCGUCUGUGUCUCCUCCUGUGAAAAAGGAAGAACAGAGCUCUCUUCAUGCUUCCUCUGAGAACACUCUCACUUCUUCAUCUGAAACUACCUCAAGCGAGCCAAAGAUUGUUGUGGAAGGAAGUGACGGAUCUGUUAAACCCGGGAAGAAGUCAGGAAAAGAGUUUUGGCAGCACACUAAGAAAUGGUCACCGGGGUUCUUGGAGUUGUACAAUGCAGAGACUGAUCCAGAAGUGAAAGCUGUUAUGAGAGACAUGGGGAAAGACUUGGACCGAUGGAUCACAGAAGACGAAAUCAAAGACGUUGCUGAUAUAAUGGAGAAGCUGCCAGAGAGGAACAAGAAGUUCAUGGAAAAGAAACUCAACAAGGUCAAGAGAGAGAUGGAGUUGUUUGGUCCUCAAGCUGUUUUGAGCAAAUACCGCGAAUAUGGAGAAGAUAAGGAAGAAGAUUAUUUAUGGUGGUUGGAUCUUCCGCAUGUACUGUGUCUUGAAUUGUACACGGUUGAUGACAAAGGAGAGCAACAAGUUGGGUUCUACACAUUAGAAAUGGCAAAAGAUCUCGAGUUAGAACCCAAAUCGCAUCAUGUAAUUGCUUUCGAGAACGCUGCUGACUGUAAAAACCUCUGUUACAUUAUUCAAGCUCAUUUGGAUAUGCUUAGAACUGGAAACGUUUUCAUUGUACCGCGCCCACCAAAGGAUACAUUUCGAGAAGCCAAGGCCAAUGGGUUUGGUGUAACGGUUAUUAGGAAAGGAGAACUGAAGUUGAAUAUAGAUGAGCCAUUAGAGGAAGUGGAGGAACAGAUAUGUGAGAUAGGAAGCAAGAUGUACCAUGAUAAGAUCAUGGGAGAUCGGUCUGUGGAUAUAAGCUCGUUGAUGAAAAGUGUCUUUAACCUCAAGACCAAACCUAGUGGCCGAAGAAGAGAACGUGUGAAACAGGCUCUGAAAGAUUUUAACAAGAAAAGUAGCUGAGGUGCCCAGCCAAAGGGCCUUGCAACUCCUUAUUUUCUAGGUUGUCUCGAUCUUCUUCAUCCUUUACAUAAUGUUUUGUAGAAAGCAUAUCAUAAACAUGGAAGAGAGGAACUAUUUGAAAUGAUGUAAUGAAAUGUUCUCUCAUUGUAUUUUCUAGAGAUUACAAAAACUCAAUAAAAUAAAGAAGAAGCAACAGUUUUCUC